AUGGACAGCAUUCUGCUCCAUGAUCCUGCUCCGCGCUGGGAAGAUCCGCGAAACGUCAACCACUUCGACUCUCACUCGGCGAGGGACUACAUCGAGGACAUCGCUUCCCGGUCAAAGCCGCGCGAACUGUACUGCAAGAAAUUGCAAGGCCUUGCUUCGCGAUGUAAAUGCGACUUCUUCUGCGAGCACACGGGACGUUUGUCUGUCUUCCCAUCCACCUGUGAUUCGGCGGAGGCGCUCUUUGCUGAAGACUGCACGUGCGCCGAGGCCCCGGUCAAGCAGAACGCUGCCUGCCUGCAGUCCAUCUGCACCCCUCAACAGUUCAGCAACCUCGUCGCUGCCGAGGAAGCUCGUUGUGGCGCCGGCUCUGCGCGGAGCGUCACUGAGGAGGACGAGCUCACCUCGGACAUGAUAACAAGCCCGGAUUGGCGUCGUGAGCCCGAGCUGAUCACGGAUUGGCGCCGCGCACCCGCUGCUACGGUCUGGCCGCGCGACCCCGCCGCUACGGUCUGGCCCCGCGACCUCGCAGCUACAGCAUGGCCCCGCGAAGACAAGGCCACAGCCUGGCGUCGCGACCUCUCGUCCGAAUCGACCGGGGUCGCUAUGGUCAAGUCGGACAACACUUUCCACGUCGGUUGCGGGAGCGGCGUCACCGGCGCGCUGGCGUCGCCUUUGGUGCUCCUCCCGCUCGUCAUUGCGCUUCUCGCCACCGUGGCUGCGGUCGGCCCGUACAGACGUCGCCGUGCAUCGCGGAUUGAGCUCGAGGGCCCGAUGAUGCACGCCAUCGAUGGGAAGAAGGGUUGGUCUCAGGCUGCGUAA